AUGGACAUGUCGCUCUCGAGGCUCGACUGUCUGUUCCUGGCCAAGAUAGCGGAUCAGUCGGAGCGGUACCACGACGUGAUCGCGCAGCUGAAGGACAUCUGCAACGAGAACGAGGCGCAGCUGACGAUCGACGAGCGCAACCUGCUCUCGGCGGCGUACAAGAACCUGACGGCGAAGCUGCGCGCGAGCUGGCGGACGAUCGACGCGCUCCAGAAGAAGGAGGCGCUCGCGUCGACGCGGCAGCAGGUGAAGCUCAUGCGCGUGGAGAAGGACGAGAUCGAGCGCGACCUGGACAGGCUCUGCCGCGACCUGGUCGGGCUUUUGGAGCAGCACUUGAUCCCGGCGGCGAGCGACGGAGAGGAGAAGGUGUUCUAUUGCAAGAUGCGCGGGGACUACUAUCGGUACCUGGCAGAGCUGAAGAUCAACUCACAAGAGGAGCUCGGGAGGCUGUCUCUGGAGGCGUACAAGGCAGCAUACAAGCAUGCGAUGGCGACGCUCGUGCCGACUCACCCUACACGGCUGGGACUCGCGCUGAACUUCGCGGUGUACUUUCACGACAUUAUGAGGAGCCCAGAGCGGGCGUGCCACCUCGCAAAGCAUGCGUUUGACGAGGCGAUCGCGAGCGCAUUGGCCGAGGGCGCGUCGUCGGUGGCCAACUUGGAAGACACCUUGAUGAUUUUGCAACUAAUGCGGGAUGACAUCAUCUUGUGGCAGGGAGAGAUCACUAAAGUGUCGGAGUUGCACCUCGGGUGCUCGAUGUAG